GGAUGAGGAGGAGAGCGGGGCUUGGGCGGAGCAGCCUCGUCCCCCGGGCCUGAGCGCCCACCUGCCGCCGCCAGCCGACUUCCCCGACCUGACCUGGGCGUUCCGGCUAUGAGUGCUCCGUGAACACGCGUGUGGAGUCGUGGACCCGAGACUUCGGGAGGUAAUGCUGGCCUGGUUUUGAGGUGCUUGGGGAGAGUGAAGGAACUAAAAAAUGGAGGACUUUUCUACCAGGACCUACGGCACCAGUGGCCUGGACAACAGACCUCUGUUCGGAGAGACAUCAGCCAAGGACCGAAUCAUCAAUUUAGUUGUUGGCAGCUUAACAUCCUUAUUGAUUCUAGUAACGUUGAUCAGUGCUUUUGUUUUCCCUCAACUACCUCCAAAACCAUUGAAUAUAUUUUUUGCUGUCUGCAUCUCUUUGAGUAGUAUUACUGCCUGCAUACUGAUCUACUGGUAUCGGCAAGGAGACUUAGAACCGAAAUUUAGAAAUCUAAUCUACUAUAUCUUAUUUUCUAUUAUCAUGUUAUGUAUAUGUGCAAACCUGUACUUCCAUGAUGUGGGAAAGUGAGGCUGCCAAGAAGAAAAAUACUUACCAGAACUCUUCAAAACUGUAUAUGAGGACUGUGAAUAGAGCUGGAUAAAGUAUGCUGCAGAAUCUCCUGUAGGAGGAGUCUGAUACAUGAUUUUCAUGUUAAUUGUAAAUCUAAAUUCCCUCUUGCAGGGGAGACAUAUCAUAGAUCACUUUGCUUUUUCUUUAAGAAGCUUUAACAUUCCAACAACUCAAAGUUCAAAUAGCACAAGUAAUUUUCACCUUUGAAAUUAAAUUUUUUAUAAUGUAAUUGCAUGGCGAAAAGGCUAUGUAACAAAAUCUUGCAUUUUAAGACAAAUAUUUUUAUUUCUGUUAAACGGAAUAUACAAUUAUUGUUCCCUAUGCAACCAACUUUCGCUUGUAACUACAAUUUAAUAUCACGUUAACAAAACACAGACGGUGAAA